AGUAUAUGAAUAUUAUUAGGUUAUAGAAGCUUGCUUUGCUUCUUUUCUUUUUCAUCUUCUUUUACCCCUUGAUGCGUUGUUCGAGUAUAUUAUGAGCUGUAUGCAUAUACAUAUGCCUUUGACUUCUUGAUCUCAAAUUCUCAAACAAAAGAGAACAAGGAAAGAAAAAAAAAAAAAGUAUAGCUUGUCUUUAUAUACUCUUCUUGUUAAUUUCUCUCUUCCUUGUUACAAUUCCUUAAAUUUGAUCGACAAUUGCCACUCUGGCUAACCCCUGGUGGAGCGGUAACUUGGGGCUGCCGGGCAUGGACUCGGCAGCCACCAAUUCGGCCGCACUCAACAAGCAGCGCGAGCUCGAAAUCUCUAUCAAUGAAAACAACAGCGGCAGAAGCAGCGGCGGAGAUGAAGACAGAGACCAAGAUGAGCCCAAAGAAGGAGCAGUCGAGAUUGGAUCCCGCAGGCCAAGAGGCCGCCCUCCGGGAUCCAAAAACAAGCCCAAACCCCCCAUCUUCGUCACCCGGGACAGCCCCAACUCCCUCCGCAGCCACGUCAUGGAGGUGGCCGGAGGCGCUGACGUGGCAGAGAGCGUGGCCCAGUUUGCGAGGCGGCGGCAGAGAGGGGUGUGUGUUCUCAGCGGGAGUGGCUCAGUGGCGAAUGUAACGCUCAGGCAACCUGCGGCGCCUGGAGCUGUUGUGGCACUACAAGGAAGGUUUGAGAUUUUGUCUCUGAGUGGUGCCUUCCUGCCCGGGCCCGCCCCACCCGGGUCGACGGGGCUGACGGUGUACUUGGCGGCCGGGAACGGGCAGGUGGUUGGGGGCAGUGUGGUGGGGUCACUUGUUGCAGCAGGGCCAGUGAUGGUGGUGGCAGCAACAUUUGCAAAUGCUACAUAUGAGAGGCUGCCUCUUGAGGAAGAUGAAGAAGGUGGAGGAAGUGGAGGAGGAGGGCAUAACAAUGGGGGUUCAGGGAAUUCUCCAACUGGGGGAGGGAGCAGUGGGGCCCAGUUGGGGAGUGGAGGGCAUCAGCAUCAGCAGCUGCUGCCUGACCCUUCAUCUGGAGGGCUGCCUAAUAUUUACAGUCAUCAUCUGCCUCCAAAUCUGAUCCCAAAUGGUGGCCAUGGACAGCUUGGCCAUGAAGCCUAUGCUUGGGCAAGACCACCUUACUGAAACUUUGAGGACAAGAUCAAAAUUGAAGCCUGUGCUUCCAUUUUGUUGUAUUGAAAUAUAUAAAUCUUAGAAAGGAGUUAGAGAGAGAGAGCAGGAGAGGGAGGGAUGUGAAUUAAGAACACUAGAAGAGAGAAA